AUGGCGACGGGCGUCGGCGUCAGUUCAGCCCCUCUGGUCAGCCCCACGACCACCAUGUAUCCAGGCCCGCCGCCUCCCUAUUCCUACCAAACCACAUCGGCGCCUCCAGCUCCCCGCAACAACGAGAAGGAGCAGUCUCAACCGCAGCCACCACGGCAGUCUCUUCCCUCCAUCCACGAAGCCCUUGGGAACGAUAAUCCCUUGCCGUAUCCCGGCCCGGCGUCGUCGCCGCAACAUGCUCCUCCACCUCCCUUGUCGACCAACCUCAUCUCCCGUCCCAGCAAUGACGGUCCGACGGGGCCGCCCAAUCCCUUCUCCAAUAACUCCACGUCCACCCCGUUCUUGCAUUCCCAGCCGGGCCAAGCGGGCCAGCUGCCGGGCGAAGCGUCGCGGUCGAGUUUGGCCUCCGUCACCACCCAGGACUCGAGAAAGCAAUCGCUCCCGUCCUUAAGCUCGGGGAAAUCGCCCACGCAGAGUUCCAACACGGCGGCCACCUCCGUGUCCACGUCGCAGACGUCAGCCAGCUACGAGUACAGCGCGCCGGCGCCCGCGAGCACCAUGGCGUCUCCGAAUGGCUACCCGCCGUAUCCCCAGUCCUAUUCCUACCAGUCGCAGCCUCCCACCAGUCAACCGGCGUCGUACGAUUCUCGCGCCUAUGUCGGAGGUGGACCAUGGAAACCGGGCACGGCCGAGCCACCCCGCGUCGACGAUGCGCAGAGGGGACUGGUGAGUCGCCCGAUCGCGACCACCCAGCCCCACAGCGACUCGGUGAAGCGACAACUGGACGGCUACGACGUGGAAACGUCUCUCAAUGAGAUUAUCGACAUCAGCACGAGGACGCUCGACUUUGCCCGACACUACGCGGCACGAGCCCACCAGACGCAACGAUCGGGCCCGAUCCUGGGCUCCCUGCCGUCCGUGCAUGAAGUGGAUGAUUUACUGCAGCUGCAACAACGCAGUCAAGAGGCGCUGCUUCGGAUCCGGGCGGCGGUGCUGAACCAGGAACAUGCGUUGGCGGAACAACGGGCCCAACGGCAGGUUUACAAGUCCGACAAUGGCUAUGAAGAAGAGCACGUCCCCAUGUACCAGGAAGACUUUAAAGGAGGCGGUGGAUUUGCCGGUGCGGAUGCGAAGAAGCGACGAGGGGUGAGUCCCUUUCACGAUGGUUUAUUAACUAACGCUUCGUUCUGA